UCUCUUCAUUUCCUGAAUCCCGCUCCUCUGAUUCACAGCGACAUGGGAAACUACCGACUCAGCUGAAGACCGGGAGAUGUCGACAGAAGCUCAUUUCCAGCCUGCUGCGCGCUGACGACGAUCCACCAAUGGGCUGAGGGUGUGGGGGCGGGGCCAGGAUGAGUGCCGAGCUGCUAUUGGAGGAGACGCUCAUAAAGCGUUCGCAGCAGAAGAGGCGGACGUCGCCGCUGAACUACAAGGAGCGACUGUUUGUCCUCACAAAAAGCCGGCUGACGUACUACGAAGGGAAAGCAGAGAAGAAGUUCAGAAGAGGUUCGAUCGAGCUGAGCCGCAUCAGAUGCGCCGAAAUCGUCAAGAACGGAGGAGGAGUCAUUCCCUGCCAGAACAAAUACCCCUUUCAGGUGGUGUACGACAACAACACUCUCUACGUGUUCGCUCCGAGUCACGACAGCAGAAGUCUGUGGGUCCAGAGCCUCAAAGAGGAGAUUAAAGACAACAGCGUCAUCCUGACCAAGUUUCACCCUCAGUUCUGGCAGGAAGGGGCGUGGCUCUGCUGUCGCCAGGCGGAAAAACAGGCUCUGGGCUGCGAGGAGUAUAACCUGUUUGGAGACAUUUCCAGAAAACCUUUACCCCCGAUUCCUGGUGAGGAGCGCAACAACGAGAGGCGGCGGCCCCCUCCUCCCCUCCCUCCAGGUGACGAUGAAGGUGAUGAGGAUGAUGAUGACGAGGAUGGCGAGGACAAGGAGGUGGUGGUGGCGCUGUAUGACUUCCCGGGCACCGAGCCGCACGACCUGAGUCUGCUGAGAGGAGACGAGUACGUCAUCCUCGAAAAGUGCGACGUCAACUGGUACAAAGCGCGCAACAAGUACGGUGAGGAAGGAUACAUCCCCAGUAACUAUGUAACGGAGAAGAAAUCUGGAAACCUGGUGCAGUUUGCUUGGUACAGUAAACAAGUCAACAGGAACAAAGCAGAGGAGCUGCUGAGGAAAGAGGACAAAGAAGGAGCCUUCAUCGUCAGAGACUCCAGCACUGCAGGAACCUACACCGUCUCGCUCUACGCCAAAUCUGCUGCAGGGGAUGGAGGAGCAGUUAUAAAACAUUACCACAUCAAGAAGACGCAGAGCUCGCCUCCACAGUUCUACCUGGCUGAGAAACACCUGUUCAGCUCCAUCCCCGACCUCAUCGAGUACCACAGACACAACGCAGCAGGUCUUGUUGCCAGGUUGAGGUACCCUGUAGGAAAACAGGAGAAAUCUGCUCCGUCCACCGCCGGCUUCAGCUACGAGAAGUGGGAGAUCAACCCCAGCGAGCUGACCUUCAUGAAGGAGCUCGGCAGCGGUCAGUUCGGCGUGGUGAGACUCGGCAAGUGGAGAGCUCAGCACCGAGUCGCCAUCAAGGCCAUCAGAGAGGGAGCCAUGUACGAGGAGGACUUCAUCGAGGAGGCCAAAGUCAUGAUGAGACUGUCUCAUCCCAAACUGGUGCAGCUGUACGGAGUGUGCAGUCAACAGAAGCCCAUUUACAUCGUCACAGAGUUCAUGGAGCACGGCUGUCUGCUCAACUUCCUCCGGCAGCGGCGGGGCAGCUUCAGCCUGGGGUCCCUGCUGAGCAUCUGCCUGGACGUCAGCGAGGGCAUGGAGCACCUGGAGGCCAACGGCUUCAUCCACAGAGAUCUGGCUGCCAGAAACUGUCUUGUGAAUGACUCUCUGGUGGUGAAGGUGUCCGACUUCGGCAUGGCCAGAUACGUGUUAGACGACCAGUAUACCAGUUCAUCAGGAGCUAAAUUCCCAGUGAAGUGGUCGCCUCCUGAAGUCUUUAACUUCUGCAAAUACAGCAGCAAGUCAGACGUCUGGUCCUUUGGUGUGUUGAUGUGGGAGGUUUUCACCGAGGGCCGCAUGCCGUUUGAACAGAAUCAGAACCACGAGGUGGUUACCAUGGUAAUCAAGGGUCACCGCCUCUUCAGGCCUAAAAUGGCCACGCCCACCAUCUAUGACAUCAUGCAGCUGUGUUGGCACGAGAGGCCGGAGGAGCGUCCGUCGUUCUCUCAGCUCUGCCCGAUGAUCUCUGACACUCUGGAGGGUGACACCCCGCCCCCAAACUGAUCAACUGACCAAUCAGCUGCUUCCACAAUCCCCACGCCAUUUGAGGCAGCGUCCUAACUCCUGCUCUGUGACCUCCGGUUCUUCAGGGUGUUACUGCGGUAACUGUCUAAUGUACGGCAGGAGAGAAAGGACAUGAGGAGCAUAUAACGGUACUCCGGAGCUGACCAAUCAGAUGGAGAGGACAGAGCAAUCACACCUGAUAUCGUCCAAUCACGUUCUUCAUCCAAUCAAGUCAACGACACAGCUCACAACCCAAAACUGCUGCUCACGUUGGAUUUCCCGUGGUCGACACAAUCAGUAAAAAUUAAGCAAACUUUUUUUGUUUGUCUUACCUGUCUGCAGCUCCACCUCGGUGUCUCCUCCCAGCGGGACAUCGAGUUAUUUGAUCUGUCAACGUUAAAGAGAUAAACACAUAUUUUUAAGAUUUAUUCUUCCAGGAAAGGACUUGACUAUGCAAACUAUUCCUUUUAAAAAUGCUUUUUUUUGUUUUAUUUUAUUAUUUUUUGACAAAUUUCAGUGGUACAAAUCUGUGUUCAUUUAAUUUCCAUCACAUUCUGCAUGUUAGGAUUAAAAGUACUGUAACAUAA